AGUGUUAUCUUCUGAACUCAGCUGGUGGAACUAGACAUGGCCUCUCCCUCUGUCAUCGUUGUACAGCCCCAACUUACUGUGGCCAAUGCAUCGAGCACCUUGUGGCAGACUGGGUUGAUGGACUGCUGCAGUGACUGUGGAGUCUGCCUAUGUGGAGUAUUCUGUUUCUGGUGUCUUGAAUGUGAAGUAGCAAGUGACAUGAAUGAAUGCUGCUUGUGUGGCGGAAGCGUUGCCAUGAGGACUCUCUACCGGACAAAAUACGGAAUCCCUGGAUCCAUCUGCUCUGAUUUCUGCACUGUCCUGUGGUGUCCUGUGUGUUCUGUUUGUCAAAUAAAGAGAGAUAUUAACAAAAGGAAGAAAAUGGGGAUAUUCUAAUGAGGUGUUCCUGUACUUCCUGAUCGUGUGUCGUAGAGCCUCUGUAUACAAGAGUCUUCCCGUGACCUGCUGUGCUUACAGUUGAAGAAAGUGCUGUGUGCAUUUUAAUUUGAUUGUUGCAAAGCAUGACUUAUCUGAAAAAAGUCAACAAAGGAAAGAAACAACCUCAAGUUUGUCUGCAUGCACAUGUAUUAACUUUCACUAUUGCUUCUCAAGUAUCACUAUGUACUAAGCUGUCUUGGAAAGAGUAUUCUCUUGUUCUUAAUAUCUUGCUAAUGCCAGUCUACUCUAGGUCUGCUGUAUUCUCUCCUGACUAUUUCUGCUGCCAUCCUAUAAGAACAUAAGACAGAAUAAAUGCUGAUCGUUAA